AUGAAACCGAUGAGAAUAAUUUUGAUCUUUGCGUUCGUUCUGUUCAGUUUAUUGUUGGUUUUCGCCAAGGAAGAUGAGCUUGAAUCACAGCAAAGCAACGACCUCGUAAAACGAACGACAAAACCAACCUCUUGUACGGGGCUUCGAGGAUUGCCAGGUCGUGAUGGUAAAAAUGGCAAGAAUGGUAGAGAUGGUAGGGAUGGUAGAGAUGCCACGUUACGCGGUGAACGCGGAGAAGCUGGUGUUCCCGGACCACGAGGCCCCCCGGGGCCGCCAGGAAAACCACCAGGGGGUGUGGUGUACACCAGAUGGGGACGGAAACAUUGCCCUUCGAAAACAAUCGAGAUGUAUUCUGGUGUGAUGGGAGGAUCAUAUUACGAUAAUCCUGGUGGAGCUUCAAACUAUGUCUGCCUACCAUUGAAUCCGAUUUUUGACAAAUACGUCGAUGGGACUCAAGCGUCAACGCUUAUACACGGUGUCGAGUAUCAAAUUAAUGGUGGACAAAAUAAAAUAUUUCCAAACACCAAUAUUGUGAAUGACAACGCACCAUGCGCAGUGUGUCAAGCUAAAUCACGUGUUAGUCACAUGAUGAUCCCGGCCCGUAAUGUGUGUCCUUCUGAUUGGACAAUGGAGUACAAAGGUUACCUUAUGGCAGCACAUUAUGGUCAUAAAGGACGAACCCAGUUCAUUUGUGUUGAUGGUGAUCCCGAGGCAACACAUGGAUCACACGCUAAUACGGAUGGAGCAUUGCUUUAUUUUGUCGAAGGUCAUUGUGGUCAUUCUCUACCAUGUCCACCCUACGUUCAUGGCAGAGAGCUGACCUGUGUCGUCUGUACACAGUAA